AUGUCGAGGGAGCGCCGUGACGCCGCGUCGUCGGAUGCGGGAGAUGACGUCACUCCAGCCAAAUUUAAUUUUUCGGAGGGAACGGGAACACCGCUUGCUGAACUGCCGGCAGUGCGGGCGGUGGGGAACCGUGGUGCAGCAUGGAAGCAAUUAGAAACACGGUUGGAGCCGUUGCACCGAAUGGUGUUUGGUCGUCCAGGAAGAACUGGCGAGCGACGCCGUGCGUUGGAGUCAUUUUGUGGCUUUCCAGAGGCGAUGGGUGAAGUUGUAUUGCAAAGCGUGCAAAAACUGAGGAAAGAUAAGCUGCGGGAACUUAUCCAGGCGCUUGGCAUGCCUGUUCAAUUCACCAUUACACAUGCGCGGAUGGCGGAUGGCGUAGCGGCGUUUCUUAUGCAACCUCAUGUCGCCGGGACAAGGGUGAGUUCUUCCGGCAAAACGCCUCAGCCCCAAAAGAAGGCCGUAAAACGGGAGCGAGCAACGACAGUGAGUGAAAGUGGUGGGGCUGCGAAAACACCAAAAAGAGAAGUGGACCCGGCAAGCACGGGGGCUGAGAAAGUGAAGGAAUCACUGAGGCGAAUGAAGAACGAGGUACCCGUUGCGGAGAGUUCGUCUGCGGUGCAGCCCCCGAGUGAUGACACCAUUCGUGUCGCCGUGUACAAGCGGGUUCUCGCCACGUCACGCGCGGAGAGGAGUCAUCUCACCACAAAGGCACUGCGUUUGGAGCUGGAACGACAAUUUAGUGAUCUUGAGGGGCGUAAGGUGGUCAUCCGGGAGGCGGCAUCGGAGUGCCUUGCGGCGUUGAUCGCAGCAGAGGAAGCCGCCAUCAUUUCUGCCUCUCUUGGAAAUGCAGCUGCUGUUGCAAGUCUCAACGGUGGCGACCGCACGGUGGAGCCUUCCCCGGCCCCGCAUCCUCCUCAGUUUACGGAGCCACCAACUGUGAAUGCUUCCCGCAGUCAGGCCCCACCGCCGGUGACACCAGACGGAUCCGUCGCACUGAAUUCAUCCGUGCCGACCUUUCCUGCACACCCGCCGACAACACUGCCGACAGUUUCCAACCCGCCGCAGCUACCGCCAGGGGCACCCAUGUUUUGA